UGGACAGCAGAAGGUCUGGUUUCUAGAAGUGCUGAACAUUGCAUUUCACUUUCAUGUUUGUCUUACAAAUGUUUCAGGCAGUUUGGAAACUGCUAGAAAGGAAGUGAGUUAUGGGGAUCAUCCUUCAGCAAUGGAACUCUUUAAGUUUCUGCUACUGUUAACCACCAUGGUAUGAUUCAGUGAAGUUCACUGCCAGGAUACAAAAGGAAGUUCUGCAGAGGUUUCUCAGAUUUGCAUGCUGUUGGGAUGCGGUGACCUAUGAUGAUGUGCAUGUGGACUUCACUUGGGAGGAGUGGGCUUUGCUGGAUCCUUCCCAGAAGAAUCUCUACAACGAUGUGAUGCUGGAGACCUAUAGGAACCUCACCGAUAUAGGCUACAGUUGGGAAGACUAUAAUAUAGAAGAACAUUGUCAACGUUCUGGAAGACAUGGAAGAUACAGAAAAGGCCAUACUAGAGAGAAUCCCUUUGAAUAUACUCAAUGUUCUAAAGCCUUUUCACAUCACAGUCAUCUUCAGAGGCAUGUAAGAAUUCAUCCUGGAGAGAAACCCUAUGAAAGUAUUCAAUAUGGUGAAGCCUUUACACACCACAGCAUUCUCCGAGUACAUAAAGCAACACAUGUUGGAGAGAAAACCUUUGAAUGUAAACAGUGUGGCAAAGCCUUUACAUGUGCCAGUAGUCUCAGAAGACAUGAAAGAACACAUACUGGAGAGAAACCUUAUGAAUGUAAUCAAUGUGCUAAAGCCUUUUCACAACACAGUACUCUCCAAAUACACAAAAGAACACAUUCUGGAGAGAAACCCUACAAAUGUAAUCAGUGUGAUAAAGCCUUUUCACUUCACAGUCGUCUCCAAAUACAUAAAAGAACACAUUCUGGAGAGAAACCUUAUGAAUGUAAUCAAUGUGGUAAAGCCUUUGCGUGUGCUGGCAAUCUCCAAAGACAUAAAGGAACUCAUGCUGAAGAAAAGCCCUACAAAUGUAAUCUAUGUGAUAAAGCCUUUUCACGACAAAGUCAUCUCCAAGAACAUAAAAGAACACAUACUGGAGAGAAACCCUACAAAUGUAAUCAAUGUGCUAAAGCCUUUUCACAGCACAGUCAUCUCCGAAUACAUAAAAGAACGCAUACCGGAGAGAAACCCUACAAAUGUAAUCAAUGUGAAAAAGCCUUUUCACAACACCAUAGUCUUCAAAUGCAUGGAAGAACACAUACUGGAGAGAAACCCAGUAAAUGUAGCAAUGUGGUAAAGCCUUUGAUUUUCCCGGUAAUCUCCAUAUACAUAAAGGAACACAUACUGCAGAGAAACCCUGUGGAUGUAAGUAAUGUGGCAAAGCCUUUGCAUGCUUCUGGAGUCUUUGAAAUGAUGAGAAAAAAAUCAUUGUGUACAGAAACCCUAUAAAUGUAUUAAAUGUGGUAAAGUUUUGCACUUCAUGGUAGUCUUUAUACAAGAGUUAAACUUUUAGUGUUAACUGGUCUCUUAAAGUCUUUUCAAGUCGCUCUUGAGGACCUGAAAACAUUAAUACUGAAGGAAAUCUGACAUAAUGGUUUUGGUAAGAUCUUUAGUCAACCCACUUACAUUCAUUUACAUGAAAUUAUUCUGGGGAAAAAAAUGACAGGUGUCACCAAUCUGUUCAAGCAUUAUGAUGUCCCUCUUUAUUUUGCACCUGCAGACUCACAUAGACAAAAGCCCUAUGAAUUUAAAUUUUGAGGUAACCUCUUUUUCUUCCACAGUUCUCUUCAAUUACAUGAAAUAUGUCAUCCAGGUGUAAAACUUAAUGGGUGUGUUUUAGUGCCUUUGUGUUGUUGUGAUAAAACAUUAAGUCAAUUUAAGAAAGAGCUGGUUCUUGGAUCUAGAGGGAUACCAAAAUACCAUGAAAGUGGCAUGGAAGCAAGUGUCAAACAUGGAAGUUAAAACAGACUGCUGAGAACUCACAUCCUCCACCUACAGCCUGAAGUGGAAAGUGGAAAUGGUGCGUGGAUGUGAAAUGGCAUACUCACCCCCAGGGACAUACGUUAUUCAGAAGGGCAAGCAUUAUGUAACUGAGAAAGAUUGAUUUGUCUGACGUCAGUCCUACAAUGCUUGUUUUCUGUUACAUGAACUAGUAUAUGACAAAUAUAAACAGUAAGUAAGCCUUUAGAUGCUUCAACUCCUGUGUUGUAAGAGUAAAUGUAUUCAAGAAAAAAA